GAAAUUUUUAAGCGUUUGGAAAGGAUGCCUUAAGAAUAGCCCAAAAUCCAAAAUAGAAAAAGCCAAUCACUUUUGAAAGCCAGAGUUGAGCGUCGAUUCAAUCGAAGGAAGCCUCCGUCCUCAGCAGUCGGCCAAGGCCACCUCCGUCCUCCGUGACCUCCGUCCUCCGUGACCUCCGUGUAAGCCUCUAGGGACGCCGUCGCAGCUUAUAUCAAUUAAUGGAGAAUCCACAGCUUAAAGAGAUAUUAGAGAAGCAAGUGCUGACGGUAGUGAAGGCCGUGGAGGACAAGCUCGAUGAAGAGAUUGCGGCCUUAGAUCGGCUAGAUCUCGACGACAUUGAGGUACUGAGGGAGCGAAGAUUGCAGCAAAUGAAGAAAAUGGCAGAGAAGCGGAACCGUUGGAAGUCUCUCGGCCACGGGGAGUAUUCGGAAAUUAUGUCUGAGAAAGAUUUCUUCUCCAUAGUUAAGGCCAGUGAGCGCGUUGUCUGUCAUUUCUACCGCGACAAUUGGCCUUGCAAGGUAGUGGAUAAACAUAUGCGUAUACUGGCAGAACAGCAUAUAGAGACACGUUUUGUUAAAAUUCAUGCCGAGAAAAGUCCAUUCUUAGCCGAGAAGCUGAGGAUUACUAUUCUCCCAACAAUCGCCCUCGUAAAAAAUGCUAAAGUGGAGGAUUAUGUGGUCGGAUUCGAUGAGCUUGGUGGAAAAGAUGAUUUUAGCACCGAGGAGCUAGAAGAGAGAUUAGCCAAAGCUGGAGUCAUCCAUCUUGACACUGAAUCAUCUUUACAUGCAUCAAAAUCAAAAUCUAGGAGUGUUCGCCAAAGUUCAAAUGUAGAUUCGUCUGACUCUGACUAAAUGGCAACUGAAUAUUAUGUAUUUUGUACCAAACUUCUAUUUCGUCUAGACCUAUUUAGCAUAAUUGUUUAUUCCCCUUGUUUUGAGAUUCUUAGAAAAUAUGGUCUUUCAGAAGUGAUUUUGUGAUUUCUCUCUGUACAACGUAUUCAUAAUUCACUACUUCAAUUUGUUUGAGAUUAGGGGUGUACGUGUAUCCAGAACCAGUCCAAACGGUUCUGGUUUCUCCAAAAUAGGACUGAACCUGAAACAUUCCCAGUUUUUAAUUACUUUUUUCGAAAACAAGGUAAAGAUGCUGACCAGAACUGGUCCAGGAUCAUACGGUACUGGUUACAGGUACUCCUAUUUGAGAUGUUAUGUUUCAAUAUAAAUGAUUUGUAUGAACA